CCAGUCUAAAUUAAGACUAAGUCCAAAUCUAAGUCCAACUUUUAUUAAUAUCCACUUUAUGAGACAAUUCUCAUUCACAUCUCAAUGGUUUCGGCCCAUCAUUUUUAUAUUGUAAUCUUCGUACUUGAGAGAAUACAAAACCACUCAGAUCCACCUCUCAGACCCACCUCAACCAACAGUUGGGUCCCACUUUAAUUUCGAAUUAAAGUUGCCGAAAAAUCAUUAUUUUCCAACAUAAGGUUGGUAAUGUGGUUAUUACUGAACCCACCUUCGGAGCUGAUGGCUUCUCACCUGUCCGACAGGAAGAGCAUGUCGAAGAUGACCUCAAAACACUGUUUGCUACACCAGACAAAAAUACAAAUCCUGGUGAAGAAGCAGCUUCUAGUCAUGAACCUGAAAUGGAUGACUUAAGAAUGCAGGAGGGCUCAACUAUAAGCAACAUGAAGAAUGGAAGGGUAAAUCAUGGGGAGUCGCAGGAAGUUAUUGGAUUAACAGAAAAUGACGAUGAGAAAAUGACAUAUAAAGAAAAUGCAUCACCAGCUGCCACUGAAGAGAAGGUUACCAAAGUGAAUGGCACAACUGAGAAAGUGCUUGAACUCGUGGGAAAUGAGUUUAUUGCAGAAUGUCAUGUGGUGGAUGCUAACAUUGAUUGUCAAUGCUCUGAAGCAACAAUUCCUCACACAGCCCAUUUUGCUCCAGAAUAUCAAGCCUCUGGCACUAGUGACAAAGAGAUGUCCUCCAGUGAGCUCAGGCUCUCCAUCGAUAAUGAAAUUCAAGAUGAAGGAACAAAAGCCAUUGCUAAUGACUUUUUGAAUUUACCAGUUAUUCAAUCUGCUAUUGUAACUGAGGCUAAGGAUAGUGAUAAAAGCAUUGAAAGAGAUCUUCAUGUCGAGUGCAGUAAACUUGUCACUGAGGAAGAAAAUGUAGAGUUUUUGUCAGAGAUUGGGUUUGGGGAUCCCAACAACUGCCAGGAACUGGUUCCUCAAAGUGAUGCAGGCUUGACUGAGACCCCGUGCAAAGAAAGUGAAGUUUCUGAGGAAAAAAUCAUGGUUGAAUUUAUCAAAAGCUCUUCCAAAUGCAUCGACAAAGCCAAUAUGCUGAAGGAGGAAGUGAAUGAAGUCGCUUUGACAUCAUUUGGUCAACUGGGGAUCAGUAAGAUUGUUUUUGAUCAUGGGGAUGAAUUUGCCAUUACGAAUGCUAAUGGUCUAGAUGCUUCAGAUAUGUUAUCGGAAAAGGAUGCAAAAGAAAAUGUGAUUUUAGCCGUUACAAAAGCUGAUUUUAAGGACAGUGAUAAUGUGAACAGUGUUGUGCCAGAACACAAUGAAGUGAAACACAAUGAUUACAAUAUUGACAAAGACGGAGUGGUUGCAGAACUGGAGAAAGGCACUUUUACUGAUUCAGAUGAGAUCAUAUAUGGAAAAGAAGAUGAGGAUUUAUCGGACAUCUCCAAUAAAUUUGAGGUGGAUGUGCCACAAGUUAAUGAAAUGAAGUUGGAGCUGGAUGAAGAACAAAAUAGUGAAUCUCAUGUACACCAAGGUGGCCUCAGCUCUGGUGCAGAAGGAAGUGAGGCAACUGAAGUUGAUCAAGUCGACCUGUUUGAUGAUCAUGGUUUGACAGUUUUGUCUCUUGUUUCUAUUGACUGCAAUGAAGACAGAGGCAAUGGUCCUGCUUCUUUGGACAAGUCUUUUAGGGAGGAUAAAUAUGAAGCGAAGGAGAAGGUUGUAGGUGGCAUGAUGGAUAAUCUUUCAAUUGACACUACAGAUGGCUCCGAUGUUGGAGAAAAUUUUUUUAGUGAACAAAAAUUUUCUAACACGCAACUGGUUGGCCAAGAAGAUGUGCCGGAGGAAGAUGCCUUUGUGAGUGGCGUUGGUGGUUUGGCAUUAAACAAUCCUUUACGUGGAAGUGAAACUAAGAGGAUGGCCAAGGAGUUUUGAUCAAGUGCAUGGUUCUUUGCAUUACUGUAAUGUCAUGGUCCAGUGUGUUGGUGAGUAUGGAGAGCAACAAAACUUCAGCCAGGCUUCUACAUUAAAACAUGCAAUAAAUGAUGAUUGUGCUGCUUAUCAUGGGACAAUGGAUUAUGUAGCCUCGCAACAUAGUUUUGAUUUCAGCAUUUCAGAUAUCAAUCUGUUUUUAGGAGAUGAAGUUCUGAAAUCAACUUCAGAAAUCUCAGAAACUAAUUUUACAUGCGAGGAUAAUCCUGUUGCCAGUGUGAUGAAAAGAAAAUGAACCAAAUUUCAGUUUUGUUUCAGAUGAGUCCAUCUAUGAAAGUGACGAAGUUUUGAUGAAGGAAAAAGAUGUGGCCAAGAAGUCCCGUGAUUGCAGAUAUUCUGAGAAUGAAUUAGUUGAGGUUGAGAAAUCUAGCAUUUGUAUAGAUGAACCUGCUGACUCAGUUGAUCUGAGACUAGACGAUGAUUUCAAAUCUUCAGAAGAAGGUAGUAUUACCAAGAGGUUACUUGGAGGUCACAGAAGUGAAGAAAGGAUCGGAGCAGCAACAGAACUGCGUGAAAAUGUUUUGAAAUCAAAUUCAAUGAUGGAGGAUCAGUCAUCUCAAUUCACUGAAUUAGCUGUUGGAGGCACUGCUGCUGCCGAAGUUGCCGCCGAGAUGUGGAGACCAAACUCAGAAUCAGUUGAAGUGAGAAACUCACUUACCAAAUUGAAUUCUACAACAAUUAGAAGGAAGAACGAACAAAGUAGUUUGAUUUAAAAAACACCCAAGAAGCAAAUAACACUUGACAUGAAAGAGAAUGCACCACCAAGCAUCAAGACAGAGCAUUUGGGUAGUACAGCUGUGAGAUCAACGACAAGGAGGCGUGCUCUUGGGUGCAACUCGUGAAUCUUUUUUUUGAGUACCAACGAGUGAAAGAAAGAAUUCCGGAGCCCUGCAAUUAGUGUGCAGGCAUAUCUCAUGCAAAAGUAAUGCGACUUUUUUGGUGGUUUUGACAAAUUUUUAUGUUGUAAUUGCAGAUUACUCAUAACUUGUGUAUGUUUGAUUCAUAAACAAUUUCACUGCUACGGAGAGCUUGAUUUUGUGCUCAGUGCAUCAUUGUUAUUUUGCAAAAAUGUCAAGAAGAUUUAUGCUUGUUUGCUAACUACUAAUGAAGAUGAACAUUUUGGAAUGAUA